AUGGCCGCCGACGGAAUGACGGGGGUUCCUCCGGACCCUAGCGUGGAUGCGGAUGGUGAGGACGCGACGGGAAGCCGUGAACCUGCUGUGGAAGUUCAGAUCGCUGAUAGAGCGCAGAGCGCCGCCGUUUGCGCCGGCAGGGCCUUCGGCGAGUCGAUUGCCGGGGGUUUCAUGGGCUCCGUGUUUGGCUACGGUCAGUGUAGCUUAGCUUCCGCUCUUUUGAUGUUAUUCUUCUCCUCCCUGCCGCCGCGGCGCUUGCCGUUCUUGAAUCUUCUCCGCGUACUGCGCUGCGGAUUUCCUUUUAGAGGGUAAUUAUCUGAGAUGCUAUCUGGGUUUCGGAUUUUGGCGAGGCGGUUUUGCCGAUUUGUGGAUUUUAAAUUGGUAUUUCACUUCGUGAGAUGAUGGCUUCUCAUUCCCUUUUAUUCAUUCUUCGUUGUUUACCUCUUCUUUGGAGAAGGACUUUCUUCGAUUGUGCCAAUGCCUUGUAGUAAAAUUGGUGCUGGAAUAAUGGCCCCCUUUUGCUCCUCGGUAUCGGGACUAAGAAAAAUCGUUCGGACAACCAACAUCCAUCUUAUUCGUGUUAUGAAUACCAGUAUAUCUAUUGAAGAUCGUUGAAGUGAUAUUUCCGUAGGGAUUGGAUAGGAUGUGACUAGAACUCUAACAAAAAUAGGAAAUAUCUUUCAAACGCUUUGCACUGCUUUUGUCUUUCAAUUAAAUAUCGAAUCAUAAUCAUGCAGACGGGUGGGUUUUAUCGAUGGGCUUGUCUGCAAUGCUCCUCGGGUUCCUGUCUGUAGAAGUCUUCCCUUGAAAGGCUGUGGGGGGUGAAGUUGUCCGUCAUUUUGAUAUGGGUCCAUACUGUUCUCUGUCUUAAGAUUGUCUGUACCCAGUGGGUAGACUGUCAAAUUUAGUCUUCCAUAACAAGUGUUAUCAAUCAGGAAAUUAUCUAAUGUGGAUUAGUAUACAUCAAGCAAGAAUAAAUUCUGAAGAUUAGCCGAAUGCCAAGUUCAAUGAUAUAUAUAUUUUUUCUGUUUAUGUGUUAGUGUGGAUUGGUGGAUUGCAUAUAUUCAUGUGGUCGAAACCAUUCAUCUCUGUGUGGAUUGUAUGUCCACUGCGGAUACUGGAAAAUUAUGUCAAGACGUUAUUUAUUUUUCCAAUCAUGUAACCUCAUCAUGGUUGAUGUUGCGUUCUUCUGUCCUGCGAAUAUGGCUUUACAUCUGUGGGCGAACAUGCUUUUCAGGCACCGGACUCUUUGCACAUAAGCAUGGAUUCAAGGGAUCGCUCGCAGAUGCUGGGUCUUCUGCCAAGGUUGUUCCUCAAAUCUUCAUCUAGAAGCCGAAUUAAUUCUUUUUCUUCACUAUUGUCUGCAUAUUUUCCUCCUGAAGGUCCAUUGCUGCUAUGUUUAUAUUCGUUGCCAUACGCUCCAUAUGCUGCCAAAGCAUUUACUUUGGGCCAGUCAAGCAAUCUAACCCUCUUCAUGUGACCUUUCAUUCACCAGACUUUCGCUGUCUUGUCUGGAGUCCACAGUCUUGCCGUCUGCUUGUUAAAGUUGCUGCGGGGGAAGGAUGAUGGUACGUCCCACACGGAUUUCAUCGACUCUGAGAGUGUGGAAUAAAAUUUGCUUUCUCAUGGCGGCCGUCUCCUCUCUUCUGCAGAAAUCAAUGCCGGGAUUGCGGGGUGUUGCACUGGCUUAGCCCUGAGCUGUCCGGGUAAUUAGAGAGGCCUGCUUAAUCGCUUGCAGUAAAUUAUGGGUGAUUAUAUGUAGAUAAAUGUAUUGAUGUAGAGGUUUUUGAUGAUUCCAGUUCGUGUGUUUAUGCCGAGCAGCCCAUUUCCCCAGAUUUUGUGAUCAUCUCUGCAUUCUGUUCGAUGAACGAGCCCCUUGUGGAGAUGGAUGGUUUAUGAACCAGAUUUCUCUGUUCAAUCCUCCAGGUGCUCCGCAGGCCAUGCUUCAGAGCUGCAUCACCUUCGGGGCAUUCUCAUGGAUUUUCGAGAAGAUCAACAAGCAGCAGGCUGCACUGGCGCUCCCGUUCUCGCCAGAGAACGCCGUUGGAAGCCGAUCGCAGGCUGUUCUUCCGCCCUUCUCGCUGGCUCUUCCUCUGCACGUGGCAGAGGGCUUCUCCCUCCUCUGCCAAUCCCGGGAGAAGAAGACCACGCGGGGAGCUCACCGCCGAGCCUGA